AUGCUCGGGGGGGGGGGGGGGGGGGGGAACUUGGAUCUUUCCAAGCUCACCCCAGCCCAGCUGCACGCGUUGGGCGCUGGGUUGGCAGGCCGGCCCAGUGGGCCGGCUGCCGGGGUCACCAAGACCCAGACGACUGCCCAGCCUGGGCUUGGCACCUCGAAGUUCGCCCGGGCCCGCCGGGAGAAGGCGGCCGCCAAGGCUGCCUCCUCCUCCUCCUCCUCCACCACCUCCGUAUCCACCUCCUCUGCCUCCGCCGAGAAGGAGGCUAUCCGGCCCGCUUCCGCCGCCGAGGUCCCCGAGUCCGAGCCCGAGCCCAAGCCCGAGGCCGCCGCCGCCAAGUCCUCCGAGGCUGUGCCCGAGGUUGCAGUCGAUUAUAUCGACUGCAACCUCGGCCCCGGCAGCAACCCAUCUUUGCCGGCAAGCAGCUCCGCCGCGUUGAAGACCUCGCCGGUGAUUAUCCCGGUCUUUGAGAAGACCGCCGCCGCCGCCACCUCCUCUGCCGCCGUCGAGGUCCCCAAGCCCGAGGCCACCGCCGCCAAGUCCUCCGAGGCUAUGCCCGAGGCUGCAGUUGACUUUGUCGACUGUAGCCUCGGUGAAAAGGUCGACGAGGAGAUGACCGGGGCUUAG